AAACACAACUGAAUUUUAAAGUGAAUGUGAGGAGGAGGAAAUUUGAAAGCAAAACCACUCACAAUCAACAACUAGGCGGUUGUCCCUAAACGGCUGAGCUGAGGUGUUCCCUCCGUGAAAACCACUGCCCCCUACUAUAUAGUGAAAUUCCUUUCCUUUCGAUGGGAGGAACACAGGGCUUGCUGCUGCGUAAACCCUUACUCGCUGGAAAACGCUUAAAGUGGCCAAAUAUUCUUCUUUCCGACAGGUUAGGGUUUCAUAUACGAUGCUCACAUUGUCUGGCUUGCAAGAGUUAAGAAUUAGAGAGGCUUUACAUCUUCAUCUUCGUCCUAAUCCAAUUUCUCAUUCCUUCCCUCGACAUUCAUCUUCGUUUUCACCCUCCAACCCAAGGAAGAAUCGAUCUUGUGUUUAUCGGAGACUCUGCAUCAGAUCACUAGGUGGUUCUGCUAUUCAACCUUAUGAUUUUAAGACUCAAAGAAAUGAACUUCUCAAGAAGAGCGUUAAGCUCAAGAUUGCCAUUGUUGGGUUUGGGAGUUUCGUCCUUUUCUUAGCCAAAACCCUAAUUCGACAAGGCCACACUGUAUUGGCCUAUUCUCAAUCCAAAUACACUGUUAAUUCCUCCAUGUUAGUUGCUUUAGGGGUUUCCUUUUACUCAGAUCCUCAUGAUCUCUGUGAAGAACAGCCUGAAGUUGUUUUACUCUGUACUUCCAUAAUCUCUUUGGAAUCCAUCCUCAAGUCAUUGCCUCUCCAACGAUUGAAGCGAAGUACCCUUUUUGUUGAUGUGCUUUCUGUGAAAGAGAUGCCCAAGAAAUUGUUUCUGCAGAUCUUACCUCCUGAAUUUGAUAUACUCUGUACCCAUCCAAUAUUUGGACCUGAAAGUGGUAGAAGUGGCUGGGCAGGUCUACCUUUAGUUUAUGAGAAAGUGAGGAUUGGGAAUGAGGAUUCAAGGAUCAAUAGAUGUAAUGCUUUUCUCAAGAUUUUUUCCCAAGAGGGUUGUCGAAUGGUGGAGAUGUCUUGUGCAGAGCAUGAUAGGUAUUCUGCAGGUACCCAGUUAAUCACUCACAUUAUAGGAAGGACAUUGGGGAAGAUUGAUGACUUGGAUUGGACACCAAUGAACACUAAAGGUUAUGAGACUCUCUUGAAUUUAAGAGAUAAUACUUGUGCGGAUAACUUUGAGCUUCUGUAUGGGUUGUUCAUAUAUAACAAGAAUGCUCUAGAACAGCUGCAAAGGUUGGACAUGGCUUUUCAAUCUGUGAAGAAGCAGCUUUAUGGCCAUUUGCAUAAUGAGCUAAGAAAGCAAUUGUUUGAGAAUCCUGAGACCAAUGAGGAUACUGUAGAUGAUUUGCCAGUAUUGCCUCCAAAUUGAUUUAUAAGCUUAAAAUACUUCUUUUUAAUGAUUACUGGCUUCAUUAGUUAGUGAAAAGAUCCUCAAGUGGAGAAUCAUUAAAGAAGAUAUUUCAUAAUUAUUUAUCUUGUCUAAAUUCAAACAGUUGAAGGUUGCUUCAGAAAACUUGAUUCACACACUAGUUUUCUCAGUGUGAGUGUUUUUUCAUCCUCUUGUUGGGAACCAACACUUUUGUGUAUCAAGAUAUUUGUCAUAUGUAUUUCAAUUUAAUAUUUGUCAUAUGUAAUAUAAUCUUUGAGUAA